GAUUUAGCACUCUUUGUUUGUUUAAAAUGUUUUAAAUACUUAUCUUUUCUUAUAUAAACUUUAAUAUUGAAUACUUCUAGACACCUACGACUUUUAAGUAGGCCUACAGUAAAAUAUCAGUCUAGCAAGCGCAGGACAAGUGACCGACGAGUGGUUAAUCAACAAUUUCAUACACUACACCAGCGACCAAUGAGUGGUUAAUCAACAAUUUCAUACACUACACCAGCGACCAAUGAGUGGUUAAUCAACAAUUUCAUACACUACACCAGCGACCAAUGAGUGGUUAAUCAAAAAUUUCAUACACAACACCAGGAUGUGACUCGAUUCCAACACAUAUAGUGUUGCUUUUAAACUUCAGUAAUUCGACAGUGUUAUUCCUAAUAGAAAUCUAACACUAUGGGCUGUUCAUCUUCAGUCAUAGCUCCCACACAUGGAGAGGUAAAGAACAAUGACAUGAAAGACAAUUUGGCUAGAGAGAAACUUCCCAGCAAAAAUGGACAUGUCAAAACUCCUCAAAGCUCACCCAUGAAAAACAUUUCUUCAGAUGACAUUUUUACUAAGAAGAAAAUUCCAAACAUUGAUAAAAAUGCAAAUAAGAUUUCGGCAUCUGAUCAAACACCAGUUCCUAAAAGUGUUGCUUUUGAUAUUACACUGGAUGGCCAGAGUGGGGAUGGAUUAUUACUCAGAAAACUUCCACCCAGACUCAAGGUACUUGAACCAUUAAAUUUGCCAAAGCUGACAGCAUCACAGUUAGAAGAAAAACAGAGACUAGCUGAUGAGAAAAGAGAAAAGUUAAGGCUAAAAAAGAUCAACACAUCCCAAAAGUCAUCAAAAAGACGACGGGAAUUACUGAAAGCAAAAGAAUUUGGUAUGACUCAGCAGUUAGAACAAGAAAAGACAAUUAUUGUUGACAACUUAAAACAAGCAGAACUGAACAGAGAGAGGAAAUUGUUGGAAAUUAAAGAAAAGCAAAGGCUGCGAGAAGAACGAGCCAAACGUGCUCGAGAACGAGCAAAAAGUUUACAAAAUGCAGCAGAUGAAGUAGAAGUAGAAAAAGAUGAAGAGUUCAACGCUGGAAGUGAAGAUUCAUGGCUGGAAAAUGGAGAGAAUAAUGAAGAAGAGGAAUCUGGAUUAAAGAAACCCGUUCGACCAAAUCGGAACACUGUCAGCGCCAGUACUGUUGACAGCUACGAUUUAGCUUUUAUGAAGAACAGCAAACCACAGCUACUAAGUCAAGAAACUCCAGAUGAUGACUUCUUUGGUUCCUGACAUUUUGUUUAGUUCAUAUUUUAACUGUGUUGUUUUGAAAUAUAUGCAAUGGGCAGAAACUGCUUGAAUUUGUAAUGCAUUGCAAUGAAUUUAUGUCAUGUAUAGAUGUCAUUAUCACCAUAAAUAUUACACAUUUGAAAAAAAAAAGUUUAUUAUAAGGUUCUGUUACAUAUGAUAUUGGUUUUGAAUCUUGUAAAGCAUCUGAUCAAGAGACUGAUUGCUGUGUUGCAUGUCAAGCCUGAAUAUGAAGUUUCUAUGGAUAAUUGUAAAGCUGAAAAGGAAGUUUUUAUGGAUAAUUGUAAAGCUGAAUAUGAAGUUUCUGUGUAU